UCUUUGUGAAAAUUCCAACUUUUAGUUUAAUCAAAGAAUUUGGUAUUUUUAAAAUCAAACUGUUUUAUUAUCAUUCAGUGGCUCCGACUCCUUAGUGGUUUAUUGGUUCGUACAUAUGUAAGUAGGUAUGUACGUUUGGUUGACCUUUAAGUGUGUACAGACAUUCGUGGUUUAUACAUAGAUACAUAUCUACUCACAUAUACAUAUACGAUCUAACAGAGGGUUAUCCCCUCCCCUCUGCAACCCAGCUGUGCCGGUAAGUAGGUCUUGAGACGUAGUUUUGCACUCUCUUACUCACUUCAGGUCGGUCAGACAGAGAGCGGAGAACAGGUAGACAGGUGAGUAAGCGCAGAGAGCGACAUCCGACCGCCAAGCCGACGACUCUUUCGACACGAACGAAGCCCAAGUAGACACCCUUUCACUCGCACUCAUUGUAGUGCUUAACAACUUGCGGACCCGACGAGACUGCCUUAUACUUAUUACCACAGCUCAGACGAUGUCUGCCAGAUUCAUUUCCCUGGAAGACGUCGUCGCGUAGACAAGCUCGAAUUCAAAGCGGGCGACAGCAAGUCGGCUCGUUAGCAAUCGCAAAGCUUGUACAGGAGAGCCGGAGCAGCUCCAGCUGCAUUCUCCUGCGAAGUGGAAAGCCCCACUGCGAGUGCGCAAAGUGAUAGUGCGGGGGAGCCGUGGAUCAGAACCCCGCGACGCCAUAUUUGUUUUCCAAACGCUAGUGUGUGUGUUCCAGCAGCUCCGGUGUGUGAGUGCAAAGACCAGCGGUAGUCUUUGCAUCGGUACUCAGUUAAUUUCGAACACGGUCUGGGACGGGAAUGCGAUUUCCAGGGCCAGCGUGAGUGUGUGUGUAUGCUGUCACCCCGCUAUGGACGAGUGUUCGUGCGCCCCUGUUGGUGUUAACCCGAUCGAGAACGCUAGUGUGAGUGCAAGUGGCUCUGAGUGCGCGGCGAAAAAUAUCCGCUUACCUAAGCGAAAAAGUUCUCUCGCAACGGCCUAAGAACCGCACCUGGGUACAGAUACAGUCGCAGAAAUACCUGUGCACACAAACGUGGCCAGCACACAAAGCGAAACCAGAAAAUCCACAUUUUUGGCCUGCUCUUUGCUUUUUCCGUGGCGCUCUCGAUUGGAACGCCGCUCCCCAGGUCCACAGCUCUAGCUGUAUCACAACGCACUCGCAAGACAGCAACGUAGCCACGAUGGGCGACUCCACGCCCAUCUGUCGGUGUCGCGUGCUCUACCUAGGCAGCGCCGUGCCGCGCCAGAGCAAGGACGGCCUACAGGGCAUCCAGGAGCCGCUGCGCAGCCUUUACCCCUCAGAGGGGGCCGUGGGCGCCAAGGGCAUCGACAGCUGGCUGAGCGUCUGGUCGAACGGGAUCCUGCUGGAGAACGUGGACGAAAACCUUAAGCAGAUCACGCGCUUCUUCCCGAUCGAGUCGCUGCACUAUUGCGCGGCCGUGCGCCAGGUGCUCAUCCCGGAGCGCGGCAACUCCCACCCGGAGCCCAAGUUCCUGCCGCUGGACUCGCCCUUCGCCCGGAUGCCGCGCGCCCAGCACCCACCCAUCUUUGCCGCCAUCCUGCGGCGCACGACGGGAAUCAAAGUGCUCGAGUGCCACGUGUUCAUCUGCAAGCGGGAGGCGGCCGCAAACGCGCUAGUCAGGUGCUGCUUUCACGCCUACGCCGACAACUCUUACGCCCGCCAGCUGGAGACGGGUGGUGGUGGCGGCAGUGUCUACGGCACCCUAAAGAGCGCCGCCGGCAGCAAGUCCAGCGCCGACCUGACCAGCGUGGGCAUGGCCAAUGGAGUCGGAAACGGGAGCGGAGGCGGAAGCCACCAUCUUACCCUUUCCGGUCAAGGUGGCUGGAGAUCGCGAGCGGGCAGUACAACAACGCUGAAUAGUCUGGGCCGCGCCUCUAACGGCCACGCCCCCAAUGGAUUGGCGAUGGGCAUGAACGGUGGCAGCAAUGGCAGCGCGGCCGAGGGUUACACAUCCGUCAAGAACUUUUACGGCAGCAGCACCGACCUAAACGUGACCGUCGACGACGGAGAUGCGUCGUACAACGGCGACGAGAACCACAAGGUAUGGAGUGGUUCGCAGGACCAGCUGGACAGCAUCGGGCCCGUAGAGAGUCCCUACGAACUGUUCGCAGGAAACACGUCCACCCUGGGGAGGCCAUUGCGUGCGCGCCAGAUCAGCACACCCAUCGACGUGCCGCCGCCGCCGGUGAAGGAGGAGCGCAAGCAGAAGCGGGAUAAGAAGUCGUCCAAGUCGAGCGGCAGCCAGAGCCUCUCCGGCACUCUAAUCCGUCCGAAGCCGUUGCACCCGGCGGCCCUGCACCGCUCCGGCUUCCAAGGGCCCGCGGCACCUGGCAGCACCAUCUACGGACCCAUCUCCGCCCAAGGCCCGCACGCCGCCCGCUACCACACGAUUAGCCACCGCGUUCCCCCGGGUCCGCCCAGCCACUUGGCCCACCAUGCACCGCCCCAUCCCGCACAGCACCCGGUCCACAUGAUGCACCACGCCCACAUGGGCGGCAUGCCGCCCAUGCAGAUCCCCGUGAUGAUGCCCCAGCAGUACGCCACCCUGCAGCCAUCGCGCUCCACCAGCAAGAAGAAGAAAAAGGACAAGAAGAACGGGGUGGCCGCAGGCGGCGGAGUGCCCGUGGGCAUGCCCAUUGUGCCGCCCAUCUACGCCUACCACCAGCAGCAGCCCAUGGGCGGCGUUCCCCCCCAGCUGGCCCAGUCACUCAUCGGGGAGCCCAGGGCACUGGGCCUCUCCAGCCGCAAGCUGGCGGCAUCGAUGGGCACCGGUCUGGACGACUCCGGCAACUCGGGAGCCGAGUCGCCAUCGCCAGGCGGCACUGGCAUCUACAAGCGCAAGGGACACCUAAAUGAACGAGCCUUCAGCUACUCCAUACGCCAGGAGCACCGCAGCCGCAGCCACGGAUCCUUGGCCAGCUUGCAGUUCAACCCGCCGGAUAUGAAGAAGGAGCGCGAGAUCGCCCAGAUGGUGGCGGGCCUUGACCUGAACGAAGGCGAGAGACCCAUGGCCCCAAACACACUGCAGCGCAAGCAAGUGCCGAAUGGCGGGGGCCACGGUCCAGGACCCGGUCAGCAUCCCCACGCCCACCCUCCGCAUCCACAUGCCAUCUACGGCCCACUGGGGCCAGCCAGCAGCUUCGGGAAGCCCAGGAGAUAAGAGUUGUUGGGACCACAACUUCGUUUAGGGCUGAUUUGCAAGCCGUGAAUUUCACACAUAGAUAGAUUUAGACAAUGUUUAGCGAUGCUGGUCAAAAUAAAUCGGGGUGCGAUCAAAAACGGCGAGUGGAGCCAGUUGGAAAUCACUCUGAUUGUCCUCGAUGUACACCAGAUUAAUUAAAAGGUGGAUUAACAGUCUAGCGGAGGUCUGGCGAACGACUCCUACAAAGAAAGCAACUCUACAUAAAUGAAUAUGUGUGCCUUAUUAGGUUUAUACUAAAAAUCCACGACAUACCAUAUAUUAACCAGAAUAAUACUAAGUGUAGAAUAUUAUAAUACGAUACCCUGCAGUCUAAAGGCGACCCCAGACGCUCUUUCGCUUUUAGAGACACCCUCCAGUCUGUCAACGGCAAUAGAUAAGCUGCAUGUCUACCCCAAGAUCGUAAAUUACCUGUAUGCAAAUGAAUAUGUACAAUAAAUACCUACAAUAAACUGUUGACAGAGUA